AUGGCCUUAGGACACAAACUGCAACCGAGAAAAAGAUAUAUAUUUCAUACCGUUUACCUAGGUUGUGGCCCAACGGACGUUAAACAAUACUACUACUACUACUACUACUACUACUACUACUACUACUACUACUACUACCACCACCACCUAGGUUGUGGCUGCGCAGUGCGCAUUGGGCACUGGAACACGAUGGGACUCUUCUGCCGAGGCCCACGCAAAGGGUCAGGCCGGUAG